AUGGUAUCUCCCGCGACGACCCGAGACAGGCUGAACAGCGAUGAGGCGGAAGUCAAUGGAAAGGAGAGAUCAAGUGAAGAACAAGGCCAAUCGAAUGGAUACCGACAAGAUGCAUCACUCACAGAAGAGAAGGACAAGAAAGAGAAGAAACCCGGCUUCAUCAAAAGAACAUGGACGAAACUGGGCCUGGACGCACCCACGGUGAUGAUGAUGUGCAAAGCAGCUCUCCCGCCCACAAUCGCACUAGCAAUGAAUCAGUCAACAGCUGUAGCAAAAGUAUACGCGACACUGGGAUACCUGGUUGCCAUUAUAUCGAUCCUGGGGUUCUGUAUCAUGCCUCGCGCAAAGUUCAUACAAACCAUGACUAUGAACGUCCUCGGUACCUGUAUCGGAUCAGCAAUCGCAAUGCUAAUGGUCUGGUCUGGCGUCAAAGCCCGCGAACACACGACCACACCCGGCGCACCGCCUGAGCGCUAUAAUUCUUCGCAGUCCGCUGUCCUGGGUGUCUGGCUUUUCUUCCAGAUCUGGGCGAUCAACACGGUCAAGGCGAAGUUUCCGCAGCUGGCGUUUCCGACGAUCAUCUAUGCGAUUCAAGUUAAUGUAGCGGCAACGAAUGGAUUCUUGUUCCGCACGACGGCGCAGUGCGAGACGUUCAUUUUGAGGUUAUUGGAAGCUUUCCUUACGGGGUUUGGGCUGGCGACUGGAGUUAGUUUGUUCAUUAUUCCUGUGACGAGUCGCAAAGUUGUCAUGAAGGAGGUUACAGGAUAUAUUGGCUUGUUAAGAGGCACGCUGGGUGCGCACAAGACCUAUAUCCACAGCUUGGAGGAUUCGGAUAUGUUUGGCAAGACAUAUGUGCCGGAAUCCAAGGACAAGAACAAGGAUGCAAAGCCCAAACUGAAGCCAGAAAUCCAGAACAUCAAGAAGAUGAUUGGGUCUAUCCAGGAGUUGCACGGGAAACUCACGGCAGAUUUGCCGUUUGCGAAGCGCGAAAUCGCAUAUGGAAAGUUGACACCAGAUGAUCUCGAGACUAUUUUCAAGAAACUUAGAGGUAUCCUGAUGCCGGUGCUGGGUCUCGGCAGUGUGAUGGAUUUGUUCGAGCGCGGAGCUGAACUUAGUAAUUGGGCAGAAGAAGAUGAGGAGGGGUCGGAGCACGAAGCAGAACGCAAGAAAGCUGUGCGCGAGUGGAACGACAUGUUCAAGUACUUGCAUGGACCUUUCGCUGAUAUCUUCCAAGCUCUCGAUGACGGGCUCGCACACGUUCUGCUGAGACUGGGGCUAGCACCACAGCCGAAGAAGAAGAAGGGUGUCAAGAAGGAGGAUGAAGAAGCCCAUGGGGAUACUAUUAGACCUGGAGAUGAAGGCUUUGCGGCACACCUGGAAAAGCAAGCUAGCAUCUUCUUUGGCAAGAAAGAACCAACACUGCGUCACUGGAUGCAGAGCAAGGGCAUCAGCAUACGCUCCGACUACUUCUCCACCUCCGAGGGCCUGGAUGAUGAGGCACUGAAGCGACUGCCUAGCCUCACCACCCGAAAGCGCGAUCAGAGUCAGCUAUACGUUCUAUUGUACGUCAUGUUCCUCCUGAACUCGAUCGCGCGCAGCACUCUAGAAUUCGUCAAGUUCGCCGAUGAGCAUGAUCAAACAAAAGCCAAGAGCAAGAUCAUGUGGCCUGGCGGCAAACGAUUGAAGAAGUGGAUAAAGAGCAUCUUCAGCGACCAGGAUGCAAACCAGGGUGACGAGACGACGAUCGCGGGAUACGAUGGAAGUAACACCACAGUCUACAUGGGCGACGCGUACAAGAAAAAGAAAGACCCAGAACAUCUGCCGCCUGCAAAUGCGUGGGAGAAGUUUGGAAACUCCGUCCGAGGGAUCUCACAUUUUCUGCGCUCUGAUGAAUCUUCGUUCGGUUUCAGAGCCGCAUGCGCGACUAUGAGCAUAGCCAUCAUUGCUUUCCUGAAAGAUACACAGACUUUCUUCGUCGAGCAGCGCCUGGUCUGGGCUUUGAUCAUGGUCGCCAUCUCAAUGACACCUACGGCCGGCCAGAGCGUGUUCCAGUUUGUGCUGAGGAUCGUUGGAACAGCAAUUGCCAUGGUCUUCGCUUGGCUUAUGUGGUACAUACCUGGACAACACACUGCUGGUAUUCUGGUAUUCGUUUUCGUCUUUGUGGCAAUUGGCUUUUACGUCCCUCUGAAGCGCUUCGAUCUUGUCAUUGCAGGGUUGAUCAGUGUGGUCACUGCUGUUAUGAUCGUCGGCUAUGAGCUUCAAGUUCGCGUGCUCGGUGUGCAAGCAGCUACAGCAACGACUGGGCAACCAGCUUAUCCGAUCUAUCAACUCGGUCCUUAUCGACUUGCUACUGUCGUUGGAGGUCUUGCUGUCGCUUUCUUCUGGACAAUCUUCCCUUUCCCCAUCACCGAGCAUUCGGCGCUCCGUCAAAAGCUGGGCGGAUCGCUGUAUCUAUCUGCCAACUUGUACUCAAUCGUGCACGAGCAAGUUAUGUCGAGAAUCCGAGGCGAUGCCGGCGACGAAGAGAACGACAAGAAAUCGCCAGGCUAUGCGCUCAACAAAGUGCGCAACAAGGUCUUCGCAAAGCAGAUGCUCACUCUCCAAGGCCUAAAGAUGCAUGCGCAGUUUGUUAAGUGGGAAUUCCCACUCGGCGGUAAAUUUCCAAUGGAGCAGUACGAAGAGAUUGUAGGAUAUGUUACAAACGAUAAACCUUACCCUUCAGACGGAUCUCCACCAGCUUCGAACCCCAACCCAAUGCUCUCACCCACAUCCCCCUUUACUGUCUCGCCGCAAUGGUUCAACGACUUCCGCCGCCUCAGCACAUCAACAAACGUCACAUCUCACGAAAUCACAUCCCUACUCGCCUUACUAUCUUCCUCCAUAUCAUCGGGACAACCACUCCCACCUUACCUCACUGCGCCCGAGGGUUUCCAGCUCAGUAAGAGACUUGAUGCCGUGGACCACGACAUCCUCAGCCUACGCCACAUCGCCGAACCAGGCUACGCCGCGUUUGCCGUCAUGGCGAUAAGUACGCGUUGCAUACACAUGGACCUGCAACGGCUGCUAGAAGGCGUCAGAAAGUUGGUCGGCGAGCUAGAUUUCUCCUUCCACGUCGUGAGUACAGAUCAGGGCAGUGGGAGCGAAGAAACACUAGUCAAGGGACGGAACAAGCAAGAUUGA